AUGGAUGACCCUUACGAAGACAGGUCUAUGCCUGCCGACACCGGAAACGGCAACUACGGCGCCGAUGACCUAAUCGACCUCGAGAACAUGAAGCCCCCAGAGAUCGAUUACUACGCCGUCCUUAACCUCUCAAAAACCGCAUCGGAGGAUGAUAUCAAGGAUUCGUACAAGCGAUUGAGCAGGAUCUUUCACCCCGAUAAACACAGCGAUCCGGCACUCAAGGAGGCAGCAGAGACAAAAUUCCAUGUCAUCAAUAAGGCUUUCGAAGUGCUGAGCAACCCCCAGUUAAGAACUGCUUACGAUGAGUAUGGAGAGGAGGGUCUUAACACAAAGUGGGAAGUCGGUCACAGGGUCAAGACUGCUCAGGAGCUGCGUGAGGAGUAUUCUCGUUUAGCGAGAGAGAAGCGUGAAAUGGAGCUCGAGAGUCUGGUCAGGAACAAAAACGACAUUACGAUCAAUGUGGACGCUACCCGUGUGUUCAAAAACCAGGAAAUCAUGUCACCAUUUGGAGGCAUCGCUUUUGCCAAAACGUCUCGCGGAAGUAUACUGGAUCCACUCAAGAGGGCCGAGAUCAUGCAGCUCUACAUGAAGAACUCGUUCGAGACUCAAUUUGGACCUAGGACACAGUUCAUUGUUGGAGGACAGAUGACUUCUAGAUCAGGAAUGAGCGGAGGAAACGUUGUCGGCACUAUUCGACAUGCCUUUUCCGAUAAGCUGAACGUUGAGCUUGGCUCGUCAUUGUUGAAGCCUAGAGUCGGAGUCUUGAAGGCUACUUACUCGAUCGACCCUUUGACAUUCAUCACUGGAACAGCCCAGGUUCGCAAUUUCAAGGGACCAGCACCCCUCGUCAUGACAUUUGGACGGAGGAUCACCAAGGGCGCAACAGGAUAUAUGACCUACCGCACAGGAGAGUGGGCUAUUGGAUCCUGGGGUCCUGUUCUUGAGAGACGUCGCGACUUUUCGUCUAUGGCUCUCGGUGUCAGCUCACAGGACGACAACAGGGCAUAUCAGGUCGAGGUCCAGACGGGAUUGAUGCAAUCGCACCUCUCCCUGGAUCACACAUGGACUUUGGACAGCGCCACAAAGGUUCGUGUCGGUGGAAGUCUUUCAACCACCGCCGGUAUUAAUGCCAGCAUUGGAGGUGAUCGUAAAAUCACAGAGCACACCAAAGUCGGUCUCGCUGUCGAGGUCGGUCUCUCUGGCGGUGUCGCCUUCAACAUCAAGGUGAAGCGUUUGGGCCAGAGUUUGACGAUCCCAAUUGUAUUGGCAGCAGAGUUCAACCCCAAGCUCGCCUUUUGGGCGACCGUAGUACCCAUCUGUGCCGUCACUGCGAUAGAUAUCGGAUACGUCAAGCCCAAGAGGAGAAAGGAGCGCGCAGAAAAGAUUCAGGAACUUCGCGCUGUGCACGCAGACUUUAUUGCCAACCAAAAGAAGGAGGCCCAGGAAGCCAUCGAGAUCUUGAGAGAAUCGACAGAUCACAAGACUAGACAUGAACAGGAGAAGGAUGGACUGGUCAUUCUUGAAGCUACCUAUGGAAACCUUGAUGCCGCACCUGAGCUCGGUCUCUCUGCGGAUGUGACGAUCGCUGUUCAGGCACUUGUCAAUAACUCUCAGCUCACCAUGCCCGGUGGCCACUCCAAGAACCACAUUCUUGGAUUUUAUGACCCAUGCCUCGGAGAGAAGAAGCAGCUGAGGAUAAAAUAUGAAUUCCAGAGGAGAUUACAUCAAGUCGUUGUUGCAGACCAGGCGUCUGUUGCAGCUCCCGUCCGAUCCCUGGCCGGCUUAACGACAACAAUAACCUACAACAACUAG